AAGUUUGGAAGGGUCUCUCUCUCUUCCGCUCUUGCCCUUCUCCAUCACGCCUCUCCCAUAACUCAUCCCAUUUCAAUUUCGUGUAUAUAUAUUCCUCUCUCCGCCUCAAAAUCUCCAUCUCUCUGAUAAAAUAAAAGAAAACUAAAAUAUAUAUUAAUGGGGGCCGGUGCCGGCGCCGGUAAGAUGUGGUGGUUCGCCGUGGCGUGGGCGGCGUUGUGCGGCGUGGUUUACGCCGGAAGCUUUUACGAAGACUUCGAGAUCAGCUGGGGAGGGGAGAGAGCCAAGAUUUUCAACGGCGGCCGGCUUCUGUCUCUGUCGCUGGACAAGGUUUCUGGGUCCGGCUUUCGCUCUACUAAGGAGUAUCUCUUUGGCCGGAUCGACAUGCAGCUCAAGCUCGUCGCCGGUAACUCCGCCGGCACCGUCACCGCCUACUAUUUGUCUUCUCAAGGGGCAAGCCAUGAUGAAAUUGACUUUGAGUUUUUGGGAAACUUGAGUGGUGACCCUUACAUUCUCCACACCAAUGUGUUCACUCAAGGAAAAGGCAAUAGAGAACAACAAUUCUACCUUUGGUUUGAUCCUACCAAAAACUUCCACACUUACACCAUCAUUUGGAAUCCCAAACAAAUUAUAUUCGCAGUGGAUAAUUAUCCGAUAAGAGUGUUCAAGAACGCGGAGGCGAUCGGCGUACCUUUUCCGGCGAGGCAGCCGAUGAAGAUUUAUUCCAGCCUCUGGAACGCCGACGACUGGGCCACCAGAGGCGGCCUCGUCAAAACCGACUGGACCAAAGCUCCCUUCACCGCCUAUUACCGCAAUUUCAACGCCUCCGCCACCGCCUCCGCCGGAUCUUGGACCUCGUUCGCCGGCUCCGACCGCCGGAGCGCCGACCUCGAUGCCUUCGGUCGUCGCCGCCUCCGUUGGGUCCAGAAGUAUUUCAUGAUCUACAACUACUGUGCGGAUCUCAAGCGGUUCCCGCAGGGGCUUCCUCCCGAGUGCAGGUUCGCCUGAGGAAUCGAAACUCCGGCGGCCUAGGAUUUUCGUCUUUUUGGUUUUUUAUCCUCUGCAGGUGAGGUCUAUGGAUGCUUCAUGGACUGGCAGAAUAAGCCCCUCUUUUCUUCCGUGUACAAAUGUUAAUUAGCUGUAAUUUUUGGAUGUUUAUAUAAUAUCAAAUAAAAACUUAUUGCUUCUCAA